UGUGUCUGUCGUACGCUUUUGUUUUGUGAUGAUAUACUAACUUCAAACAUGGCGAAGAUAACAUUGCUUAUUUUCGGAAUAGUUGUAGCCUCUUGCAGUGCUCAGUUUGGAUUUAAUCGAAAUGAGCGCUUUCAGGAAAGGCAACAAUUCCCUUUGCCGCAACGCCAGACGCCGUUGCCUUUCCUGCACCCUUUCGUCGCAAAUCAACGGCAGCAACAACAGCCUCUGCGGCUAGAGCCGAGAUGGGACCAAAUGCAAUCAGUCGAGCCGUUCGGUGGGUUGAGUCCCCCAAGUGCAACGGAGAAGAAAUGCUUUACUCUGGCUCGUAGGCCUUUCUUCAUGACCCGUAUCGUGCAGUACCCAUGCGACAGGCGCACGCCAGGGAUGCAAGUUGUGCGGUCAUUCAUGGGACCAAUGGGCCCAAUAUGUAUGAGCUACAUCCGGGAACCUGUCUUCCGGUACUUCAAGAUCCCGGUCUGUUGCCCGGGUUACAUCGACCAAAGGGAAAAAUGCUUCCCUAUCAACAACAUGGGUCCAAUGGUUCCUCGGAUACCCCAACAGCAACCAGAACGCCAACAGGAGCCACAGAUGCCGCCCGUGCAUAACCACGAGCGCAUGAUGAACAUGGCAUCCAUGAUGCGCCAGGCGAUGGUGCACCGAGCACAGAAGGACAUGGCGCGCCGCCGAGCUAUGCUUCUCAUUGACAUGAGGAAUCGUAAUCAACAGCAGCAGCAGCAGUAUUUCAUGCCACAGCAACAGCGUGAUCAACCAGAACCGGAAAUGAGGAUGAUGCCCCAUAUGCCACAGGGUCCUCCGCCGAUGUCGCGCAUGUUCCACAUGUACAAUAUUCACAGGAACAUGAUGGAGCAGCGACGACAAGAGCAGCAACAGCAGCAGCAGCCACAACCAAGGAUCGCGUUCCUAAGGUUCCCUAGUCAUUCCACCCCACCAAUGCCACAUCCGGUAAAGCAGCCGCCACUGAACGGCGGACGUUUCAUAAGCCUCAUUCGCCGCCCAUUCAACCCCCAGUCACCGUUCCCGUUCGUGACACGCCCUUCACUCCCCGCCCCGCCCAUGUACAAUUUGAUGAACAUGAACAUGAAUACACCACCCAUGAUCAUGAAUGCCUCACCCAUGCGCCGCAUCAUACCAAGGAUAGUUCUCUCAACGAGGACCACCAUCAUCCCUCUGGCCAAGCUGCGGGAGUUCAACACCAACAUACAGAACGCGCCCACGCAGGAAGCGGCCCCAGUGAUGAAAUACACGCAGACGCCCGACCAGUCCGCAUCUCAGGAGCAGACUCCGUACGAAGCCUUAAGCAAGAAAGACGACAAAUUCCCGACUAUUCCUGAGCCAAAACCGCAGGACAGCAUGUUCCAAGCCGACGGAUUUCAAGGCGUUUAUCCGCACUUUGGUGGUGGCCCCGAUAGCGAGGCUUUCCAGGAGACGUCUACUGACGGCUUCCAGGACGUCGAGCUUCCGCAAAUGCCCGUCGAGAUGCCGGACCUGAUCAUGGAACAAGCUCCUCCCAAUACAUUGAACCAGGAGUCGUGCAUAGUGCAGCUCGAGUCCGCCGUGAAGACGUGCCUCAAGGAUAAUGGAAUUGACGUGCCUGACGUCAUGUCCGCCUUUGAACCGUUCAACGAGGACAAGUCCAGACUCCUUUGCGCAUCGGAGGACGCAAUUUUCAAGUGCAUCUCGGAUGCGCUGCAGAAGUGCGGCCAAAAGAACGACGUCAGUUUGGCACGUGACAUGCUCCUGGAGACUGCGCAGACGGUCAAGAGCAUGUGCGACCUCAGAGAGGCUAACGUACCGGAAGUCCGACCUGACACCGCCUCCCCGGCCGCCUCCACUGCGGACACUUCCGUGGAAAACGUGGACGCUCUGCCAGCAACCGACGUCAAACUGGCCGCCAUCGCCGAAAAACCUCAAGUAAAGUCCGCCACCCCGGAAAAGAUCAUGGCAGUCAAAUCCACAGCCCACACUGAAGACGCACCGGCACCGGAAGCCGCUGCCAUCGAUCACCACGUGCAGGAAGCCAUUCAGCACGAAGUACACGUGCAGGAAGUCCGCAUUAAGGAGUACCUGGUUCCCAUCCUGCUCGGCGCCGGCGUCGGUUUCAUCGCGCUCGUGCUCGUCGUGUCCCUGAUCGUCUGCUGCUGCUGCAAGCGCCGCCUGAACAAGAAGAUGAAGAUCGCCAAGGAGUGUGAGAAGCCCCCUCUACAGGAUGCGAUUUUCACUAUCGGCAUCGCCCCACCCACUUAUGAGACACACGGCAUCCCUCCCAUGUACUACGAGGAGGCAAAGGGGGUGAAGAUCACCGCCGGAAGCCCCGCAGUCGUCGCCGGCACCGACGCCGAGCUAGUCGAGGCCGGAAACAACACACAAAUAUAGACAAUGAAAUUGGUGACGCGCGCCAAGGCAUCGUGCGGAUGAAUUUGAAUAUUUUCAAUCGUUUUACUAUUAUUUGCAGACAAAUACUUUUAUAAGGCUCACUUUUUACUAUGUUUUGACAUUGCUCGAUCAUUAUAAUCUUUAUCAAAAAACCUUUCCUUUCUGGAAAUAUAUUCGAUUGUCUUGCUGGUAUUUUUUAAACAAACAAAUGUUUGGAGGAAGCUCAAUUAUUCGUGGGCUUACACUAAUAGUAAUAUAUGUGAAUAAUCAUAACACAAUAUGUUACAGUUUAUGAUACAUUUUUAUAUAGAAUAUAGAACUGCAUGUGUAGCUACUAUAGAUUGACCUAAUGUCUGCUUGCAACGUUGUAAUUCGCAACAAUCCUGUAAGGUAUGUUUAGUAGUCUUUUAGAACAGAAUCUCUUAGAUCUCUUGGACAAAACAUGAUAUAUGUUUUAUACAAUCAAAAUGAUUCUCGAUAUAGUUUUCAUUCUUCUUGUUGGCUGUUGGUGUUUUACUUCAAAAGCAAUGAUCUUACUAGUCACAAGUAUUUAAUCUAGUCACAAGUAAAUGGAAUUUUAUUGUUGGAUAUUUACCAAUAAAACCAUGGAAAAAUGA